AUGAAGUUCACUUUGAUCUCCUCCGCCCUCUUCCUGGCCACUGCUGCCAUGGCCUCCCCAGCUGAUAUCAACUCCGUCGCCUCCGACGUCGAAGGUAUUUACUCCACUGCCGCCGGCGGUGGCCAGUCCGUCGGAUCUGAAAUCGCCUCGAAGGCCACCUCUCUUGGGGAAGCCGCGAGCACCGCCAUCUCUUCUGUCAAGAGCGAGGCUUCCUCCCUUGGCUCUGCCGCCGCCUCCGAAGCUAGCUCCCUCGCCUCUCAGGUUACCAGCCGGACUAUCACCUCGGUUGCAGCUCAGACUACCAAGACUGAUGCCGACGGCAAGCCCACCGCUACCGAGUCCACUACCUUGAUCAGCACCUCCACCGGGUCUCCUUCCGGCUCCGCCACUGACAAUGGCGCCUUCGCUCGUCCCACUGCUGUCGGCGCUGUUGCUGCUGGUAUGGCCGGUAUGCUCGGUGUCAUGGUCGCACUGUAA